AAACUAAUUGCCUUACGCCUGUGCUUAAGUGAUGAGGAUAUAUCGCUGGCUCUCUCUCCAGGAAGGACAGCCCAUUUACCUGGCGGUGAAGGGAGUAGUAUUUGAUGUCACUUCUGGAAAAGAAUUUUAUGGGAAAGGAGCCCCAUACAAUGCUUUGGUUGGAAAAGACUCAACAAGAGGAGUUGCAAAGAUGUCUCUGGAUCCAGCAGAUCUUACACAUGACAUAACAGGACUCACAGAAGAGGAACUGAAGUCCCUGGAUGAUAUCUUCAAUAAUGUUUAUAAGGCCAAAUAUCCAAUUGUUGGCUAUACUUCUCGAAGAAUUCUGAAUGAGGAUGGCAGCCCCAAUCUAGACUUUAAACCUGAAGAUCAGCCACACUUCAACAUUAAAGAUGAGUUUUGAGGAACAUUUUUGUACUUGGAGAAUGCCUGGGAUAGACUAUUAGAUUGAUUCUCUGUUUUCUGGUUCUGAUUACAAAAAUUAGCUAUCGUAAGUCCGUUUUCUGUUUAGAAAAUAUAUAUGUGUGUACACACAUAGUUAACAUAGCGUUCUUCCUUUCAGGAAACAAACUGAUCUGUAUUAGUGUCAUACACUUUGGCUGUUUGCUCUGAAUUACGGGAAUUAUUUCAUAUGAAAGUUCUUUCUGGUUGGAUUUCUCUGCUUACAAGUGUGUAAUGUAGGGUUCCAUUCCUUAGAAGAGAUAAGUAACUUUUUAAUAGUUGAAACAUGACUGGCCUUUUUGUAAAUCCCAAGUGGUUUCCCACUCCUUGGAAAUGCAUUAUCUGGAUGAGCCUACAUGAGCUCUCCGGGCUUCAAGUGAGUGUAGGGUAUCACAUGUGUAAUAGAGGCUUACAUUUUAAAAAGCAUUGUGGGAUCUAAUAUUUGAUAGGUUUGAGAAAACUGGAUAUAAAACCACUCAAUCUCUUAAAAUGAAGUUACUGUGGACUAUUUAUGCAAAGCAAGAAAAAUAAAUCUUUUUUUCCCCAUGAGGCCUACUGCAACGUUUUAAGUAAGACUAUUAUUACAUUAGUUGUGAAUAAAUGACACUUUAAUUUUUUUAAAUAAUUAUAAAAGAUGUCAUCUAUAUUAGAUUGUGAUGAUUUCCUUCUAGCUUCCUCCACUCUUUCUCUGACAAAACCCGGAAACGAUAGUCCCCUGUUUACCAUGUACUCUUACAGCACAAGUUUAUUCUAGUAGUUUGGUAUCCUCUGGAUAUUGUUAGCAUCUUUAUUUGACAAUUUCAGCUCUUGCUUUUAAUUUCUGUUAGUUUUUCUUUGUUCUUACUCUAGCUUCAUCAUUGCUGUUGCGAUGAAGCAUGCAUUCAUACAUUCCUCUUCCUUUUAACUUAAUAUAAAACUGCAGAUUCUGUAGAAUGAAAGCAAAGCCCCUUUAUCGGGUUUCUCUGGCAGUCUUUCAGCAGCAAGAGGACCAUAAAAGCAUGUGUGUCCUGGUUUGAAGUAGAACAGAACCCAUUCUCUUUUCAGUAAUUUCACUUUUCAGUUACUUCUCUUCUAACUGAUUAUGGUGGACAUUUUAGUGUCUGCUUCCAGUGUGAUAAGGUCUGAUGUUUAUAGUUAAUACCAAGGAACAGUAUGCAGAGAGGCUUCUGCUUAUACUUACUGCUGUGACAACCAAGAUCAACUCACUUUGUUGUGUGUCCCGUUGGAGGGUCAGAAGCAGAAGACCUGUGUGGAGGAGAGGCCAGGACAGGUGACCCAAACUGAACCACGGGGCAUUCCAUCCCAUCUGCAUCACGCUCAGUAUAAAAGCUGAGGGAUCAAAGGAGUCAGUCUCUUUCCUUAAUGACUGGCAUCCAAGGAGGACUCUUGUCUGUUCAUCUGCCUUAGAUCCUGAUCUAUACGUUCCUGAAUCCAGUUCCUGAACCCUGUUCCCAUCUGUCAGAGUCCAGUCUGGGACUUUCCCAGUGCCUGCUGGUGACGUGCUUGUCAUCCCAGGAGCUUGAUACUGGUUUUGUAUAUGUUGCAUAUAAAAAUUAUUUUCCGAUUGA